AUGUGUAAAUUAUACUUCACAGGUCUUUUAGUAUUCUGCUCUUUAGUGUCGGUUAAAUCAAAUCAAUAUGAUGUCGUUGUGAUACCAAUUUCAAAAUUUUCGGAAACAUUCCAAAAAAUGCUAGGAUAUAAUGCAGCAAAAUAUGCGAAAUAUCAAAACGGAAAAGAGUUGAACAGAAAUAGCAAUGACUUUUACAAACUGAAUAUAGGAGAUUACAACGACCCUACAGAAAUUCCUGAUAUUGAUAAAUUUGAUUAUAACAGUGGAGAAAGAGACAUUGAUGCUGAACAGAGAUAUGAUGAUGAGGCCUUAAGUUAUGGUGAUGAUAAAAUAGUCGGUGGAGAUGAAGUCGAUAUCAGUUUAUAUCCAUACCAUGUGGCGUAUGGCAGUAACUGUGGUGGAGCUAUAAUCGAUAAAAAAUGGGUGAUCACAGCUGGGCAUUGUGGAUCCAAGCCAUAUAUAAGAGUUGGUUCAAAAUAUUUAAAUCAAGGCACUAGAAUCGCUGUGAAAAAUAAUUACGUUCAUGGGAUGUGGUCGGCAGAAAAAAAAGACCAUCCGUUUGAUUACGACUUUCAAUUGCUGGAGCUCGAAACGCCACUGAAAUUUAAUGAUCACGUUCAACCAGUUAAAAUUGCUCACAUCGAAGAUAUGGUUGUUGGCAAGGUUAUCUCCGUGACUGGAUGGGGAAAUACGGAAGAAAAUGGACCGUACUCUGAUGUUCUAAGGGCAGUGCGGGUGCCGAUUAUUUCAAAAGAGAAAUGUCAAAACGUGCCGUUUCCGUAUUUUAGGAAUACUCUAACGCCAAGAAUGUUCUGCGCUGGCUAUGACGAGGGGGAUAUGGAUGCUUGCCAGGGCGACUCUGGAGGACCAGCGGUAUCAGACGGCCGCCUACUUGGUAUGGUGUCCUUCGGUUAUGGUUGUGCAACGCCAGGAUCUUACGGCGUAUACAGCAAAGUGGCAAAAGUCAGAUCCUGGAUAGAAAUGAUCACCGGAUUAGAUCUAGAAUAA